AUGACUAGUCCUACUACUUCCUCACCAACUGGGCGGUGUUCGGGCGAUUUCUGCGUCGCUGACAGGAAGGUGUUCCCCAGUCUUCUUCCAUCUGGCCAAAUAACUACAGAGUCCUUCAGUUUCACUGACUACGGUGUAUGGUAUCUAGCUGGCUACUCUAGUGAUGAUGGUAUCCGUAUGCUGUGGAGACUCGAAUGCAACCAAUGGUUACCUGUUGCUGAGAAGGCUCUCUCUAAUAUCGAGGCUUCAGGCAACGAUAUGUUCGUGUUCGGCAUCAGCGAGGGUGACGUUAUUGUUUUCGAUCCGGAGAGUUACAAUGCUUAUCGUACAAUAGCUCUGGCGGAUCCUUCUAAGGAAUACACGGGAGUCACCUUUGAUCAAGACUCGAAUAUUCUAUAUGUAACUGAGAAGGCUACUGGGCGGAUUGCUCGGUUCAUAG